AUGUCUUCACUGGAAUUACCUGAUCGAAUCUUGGCAGUUGUUGCCAUUGAGACAAGCGUGUGUGUUGCCCUGAACAUCGUAAGCAUCCUGGGAAAUGCCCUGGUUUGUUUAGCUAUUUACAAAAAUCGUAAACUACGAUCAACUACCAGUCUUUUUAUCGUCGCUUUAGCAGCCAGCGAUCUGUUGUGUGCUACAGUUGAAAUGCCGUUAGCUUCAGCCGUGUUAAUCACUGGAAAAUGGCAAUUCAGCGACGCUUUGUGCGAGCUUCAAGGUUUUGUUGACGUGUUCGCUACGUAUGCUACUCCAGCAACAAUGGGUUUGACGGCCUUUAACAGAUACAUGAGAAUUGUCAAGACACACCACUACAACAAGAUGUUUUCACCUCGCAGAUCCAAGAUCUGGUUGAGUGGUGUAUGGCUUUCUCUUGCUUUAUAUUUGCUGAUAGGUCGAGUAACAAACUGGAAUAGGUUUGAAUUUAUUCCCGGUUACGCAGUUUGCAGCGUGGUUUUUACAACAAUCGAAAGAAAAGGCGCACAUUACUUUGUCGUGUUUGGCUUGUUUUCUCUCUUGCCGUUUUUCGUCGCUUGCUUUAGUUACUACAAAGUUUUUGCCCAACUCCGUCAUCAUAAGCCAUCGUUCAACACCGUUAUUAGACGCACGGGGAGAAUGAUUUCCGUGAGGGAGAUCAACAUCAGUCGGACACUGUCGUAUGUGGCUGCUGGCUUUGUGUUUUGCUGGAUACCACUUUGGGCGUUUGCGUUUUGGAAGCGUUUGUCUCCAGAGACAGCUCCCAGAGUUGUAGAGUUGUUAGUUACCCUUAUGUUGUUUUUGAGCGCUUCAAUCAACCCGUUUAUUUACAUUACCACAAGUCAUGCUUUCCGAGGGGAAUUGAACAAAUUACUGUGUCGGUGGAAAGUGACAAGAAUUGUACCUGAAGUCACUGAUUCUGUGGCUAGAAAAAAAGCAGUUGGCAAUGGAGAGGGAAAACAACAAGGCGAAAUAAAUGCUUAG